AUGGGCGUGAAUGCGGACUGUGAGCUCCACGAGGGCAGGGAUCCAGCCUGGCCGGCUCACUGCUGUAUCCCCAAGACCGAGAACAGCGUCUGGAACAAAGGAGGUGUUUCCCCCUCCCCCACAGGGGCAGUCGACGUGGACGAGUGCUCGGAGGGCACAGAUGACUGCCACAUCGAUGCCAUCUGCCAGAACACGCCCAAGUCUUAUAAAUGCCUCUGCAAGCCGGGCUACAAAGGAGAGGGCAGGCAGUGUGAAGACAUCGACGAGUGUGAGAAUGACUACUACAAUGGGGGCUGUGUGCACGAAUGUAUCAACAUCCCGGGGAACUACAGGUGCACCUGCUUUGACGGCUUCAUGUUGGCCCACGAUGGACACAACUGCCUGGAUGUGGACGAGUGUCAGGACAACAACGGUGGCUGCCAGCAGAUCUGCGUCAAUGCCAUGGGCAGCUACGAGUGUCAGUGCCACAGUGGCUUUUUCCUCAGCGACAACCAGCACACCUGCAUCCACCGCUCCAACGAGGGUAUGAACUGCAUGAACAAAGACCACGGCUGUGCCCACAUCUGCCGGGAGACGCCCAAAGGUGGGGUGGCCUGUGACUGCAGGCCCGGCUUUGACCUUGCCCAGAACCAGAAGGACUGCACACUAACCUGUAACUAUGGAAACGGAGGCUGCCAGCACAGCUGUGAGGACACAGACACGGGCCCCAUGUGUGGCUGCCACCAGAAGUACGCCCUCCACUCAGACGGUCGGACGUGCAUCGAGAAGGAUGAGGCUGCAAUUGAGCGCUCUCAGUUCAAUGCCACGUCAGUAGCUGAUGUGGACAAGCGGGUGAAACGGCGGCUCCUCAUGGAGACGUGUGCAGUAAACAACGGAGGCUGUGACCGGACCUGCAGGGACACAGCCACUGGCGUGCGAUGCAGCUGCCCGGUGGGAUUCACGCUGCAACCGGAUGGGAAGACGUGCAAAGACAUCAACGAGUGCCUGGCCAACAACGGAGGCUGUGACCACUUCUGCCGCAACACCGUGGGCAGCUUCGAGUGUGGCUGCCGGAAGGGCUACAAGCUGCUGACCGAUGAGCGGACGUGCCAAGACAUCGACGAGUGCUCCUUCGAGAGGACCUGCGACCACAUCUGUAUCAACUCCCCGGGCAGCUUCCAGUGCCUGUGUCACCGCGGCUACAUACUCUACGGGACAACCCACUGCGGAGACGUGGACGAGUGCAGCGUGGACCACGGGAGCUGCGACCAGGGCUGCGUCAACACCAAGGGCGGCUACGAGUGCGUCUGUCCCCCGGGGAGGCGGCUCCACUGGAACCGGAAGGACUGUGUGGAGACAGGCAGGUGCCUUUCCCGGGCCAAAGCCUCAACCUGGGCCCAGCUGUCCUGCAGCAGGGUGGGCGGCGUGGAGAGGUGCUCCCUGUUCUGCCCCGCCCACUCACUCUUCGUGCCAGACUCAGAAAACAGCUACAGCCUGAGCUGCGGCGUCCCGGGUCUCCAGGGCAAGACGCCACAGAAGCGAAACAGCACCAGCUCCAGCGCUGGCCCCAGCUGCUCAGGUGCGCCUGCCUCCAUCAGGCAGAAGGCCCGUUUCAAGAUCCGAGAUGCCAGGUGCCGCCUCUGGGCCCACAGCCAGGAGCCACCAAAGGAGGCCCCGAGGCAGCCGCUGCUGGAAAACUGCCACGUGACCUUUGUGAACUUCAAGUGUGACUCCUCCAAGAAGAGGCGCCGUGGCCGGAAGUCCCCAUCCAAGGAGGUGACCCACAUCACGGCGGAGUUCGAGGUGGAGGCAAAGACGGACGAGGCCUCAGACACCUGCGAGGCCGACUGCAUGCGGAAGCGCGCGGAGCAGAGCUUACAGGCCGCCAUCAAGACUCUGCGGAGGUCCAUCGGCCGACAGCUGUUCUCCAUCCAGGUCGCAGGCACAGAGUACGCGAUGGCCCAGUGGCCGGCCAAGGCCCCGGAGGGCCCAGGGGCGUGCAGCACGGGCCAGGUGCUACAGGACGGGAAAUGCGUGGCCUGCGGGCCUGGCACCCACUUCAGCGGAGAGCCGGGCCAGUGUGUGCCCUGCGCCCCGGGGACCUACCAGGACGGGGACGGCCAACUCAGCUGCACGCCAUGCCCCAGCAGCGACGGGCUCGGCCUAGCUGGUGCCCGCAACGUGUCCGAAUGUGGAGGUCAGUGCUCCCCAGGCUUCUUCUCCCCGGAUGGCUUCAGGCCCUGCCAAGCCUGCCCGGUGGGCACGUACCAGCCAGAGCCUGGGCGCACGGGCUGCUUCCCCUGCGGAGGAGGGAUACUUACCAAGCACGAGGGCACAGCCUCCUUCCAAGACUGCGAGGCCAGAGUGCACUGCUCCCCCGGCCACCACUACAACACCACCACCCACCGGUGCAUCCGCUGCCCCGUGGGCACCUACCAGCCUGAGUUCGGCCAGAACCACUGCAUCACCUGCCCGGGCAACACCAGCACCGACUUCGACGGCUCCACCAACGUCACGCACUGCAAAAACCAGCACUGUGGCGGUGAGCUCGGGGACUACACGGGCUACAUCGAGUCCCCCAACUACCCCGGCGACUACCCGGCCAACACGGAGUGCGUCUGGCACAUCUCCCCGCCCCCCAAGCGCAGGAUCCUGAUCGUGGUCCCCGAGAUCUUCCUGCCCGUCGAGGACGAGUGCGGGGACGUCCUGGUCAUGAGGAAGAGCGCCUCACCCACGUCUAUCACCACCUACGAGACCUGCCAGACCUAUGAGAGGCCCAUCGCCUUCACCUCCCGCUCCCGGAAGCUCUGGAUCCAGUUCAAGUCCAACGAAGGCAACAGCGGCAAAGGGUUCCAAGUGCCCUAUGUCACCUACGACGAGGACUACCAGCAAUUAAUAGAAGACAUCGUUCGCGACGGACGGCUCUACGCCUCGGAGAAUCACCAGGAAAUUUUAAAAGACAAAAAGCUCAUCAAGGCCCUGUUCGAUGUGCUGGCGCACCCCCAGAACUAUUUCAAGUACACAGCCCAGGAGUCCAAGGAGAUGUUCCCACGGUCCUUCAUCAAGCUGCUGCGCUCCAAAGUGUCCCGAUUCCUGCGGCCCUACAAAUAAUGCCCUUGGAGCCGCCCAGCUUGGGGACGGCCCGGUACCCAGACGGGGAGGGGAGAGUGCCUUCCCUCCACGGCGGAAGCCAGAAGGCGGCUCCACACGCCUCCGCGCCGCCUCGGGAAGUCACCGGGGCACCUGCCCUUCGGAAACACUGACCGGCCCAUGGGGGUGAGACCACGUCCAAGCAGAGACCCCAGCCCACCGCACCCCUCGGAUCGCCCCGUUGGGAAAACACUGCUCGAGGCGACCUUUCUCCCUCCCUCCCUCCGCCGGCUCGAUUCCAGGACAGUGCCCUCUCCUGAGCGGCCAGGACGCUCUGUGCCACCACGCGGCCGGGUCCUGGGCAGAGUGCACGUUUUGGGGGUCACGGGUGGCCUCACCCGACGCCUCGAGAGAGGGGAGUGUGGCUGCCUCUGUCUCCGGGCGGGCUCUGAGAGGCCUAAUCGGAGACAGGAAGCCAGGCUGUGGAAGGAGGGGUGCGGGAAGGCAUCUGGGAAGCUCUGAUAAGCCAGUGUCUACACCUGCAAGGCGUCCACACCCCGACUCCUCCGGCCUCGGGCCCAGGACGCAGGCGCCGUGUGGCGGGGCUCUAAGGAUUCUGUGAUGGGACAGAAAAGAGCUGCUGGUGGAGGAAACUGUAGAUUUGUGCUUUUCCUUGAUAGAGCAUCUAAUUAAGUCCUAUAUAUAUAUAAAUAUAAAGAUAAAUAUAUAUAUACUUCUAUUUGUGGGUACUUUAGGAAAAUGCUCUUUAGUAACUAUAAAUACGAAUUGCAACCCAUCUCUUCCCCCACGAGCUGUCGCCGGCAUCCCCGAGUGACUCACCCCUCCCCAGGAGCGUGCUGCCCCUGUGUCUGUGGGCCAGGAGCCUGCAGGAAGGGGAGAAGGUAGGAGGGAGCCUGCAGGAAGGGGAGACGGCAGGCUGCUUCUGGACCCACCUGGAGUGCGGAUUCUUUGGGAACUGGGCCCCGAGGCUUUGCUGGAGUGUUGCCUUCAGAUGGAAUGUGGUAGAAGACGGUUUCCCCUUGCCCCCUCUCCUGUGGGUACAGGGGCCCAGCAGUAAACGCAGCAAGGCGCGUGUGGCUGGCCCUGAGGCGUGACCUUGGCAUCCAUACUGUGGCCGCGUGCCACGGGGAAGUGAGCCCUUUCCCACGGGAGCACGGGCCGUGCCACCACGCGACGCCUCCGAGGGCAGGAGCCCACCCCUCCAUCCCACCCGUCCGGGGGGGGGGGGGGCAGGCGGCCAGUGUCGGGAGGCCUGGCCCCGAGAGCAGCCUUCCUUCCGCUGCGACACGCCGCGUCCCUCGUAGAGUCUGUCCUUAAAGAAGAAAAGUCUGGAGUCUGACCAGGGUGCACGGUACGCCCCUCGGCCAGAAAAGCCCCCCAACGCGCUGAGUCCUUGCCCGCUGGCUGCCGCUGUGGGACACGCAUAGGAAGUGGUCUGUAUAUUUAGGGUUAACAAAUGCUCAAAAUUCCAAGACGCACGGGAGAGUCUGGACGCUGAACUCCAGUCGCCCAUCCCAAAUGCCUCUAGACGCCUCCUCCUGCCCCCACACGCCAGGGAGCGUGGCGCGGAUGGCGAAGCCCGAGGGCAGGCGAGCGGGGUCUGGGGGCCGAUGACAAGGCAGGCCCCGACGACGAUGGGCCCCCGAGCGCAGGGGCCAGUCACCGCCUCCGCCUACGUCAGCAACGGUGAGUCCCCAGCUCGAGCGGCACUCCCUCCAGCACCGGCUACGCCCAAGUCCCAAGUCCACCUCGGGGUGGGAAGGGGCUGCAUCUGGCGGCCAGGUCAGUGUCAGUCGGGAGCCCCCCUGGGCCGGCACCGCCCUCCCCCAGUCACAGUCCUCUCCAGAAAGAGGCCCGCCCUCCCUCCCAAGCCUUUGCUCAGGCCCAGAAAUCAGACGGGGGUGUCGUCCGGAGUGGGCCUCCGGUCACAACCUCCCCAGAGGGGGGGGCGGGGAGCAUUUUCUCAAUGCUCUCAAAACAGGGAGGACCUCUCUCCGACUCCUGCUGCUCCGCUCGGUGGCUCCUGGCGGUUGCCACCUGCAAACCCCACGAGUCCACCAGCCCUUCCCGUGGGAGGCCGCCCACGUUCCGCGGCAUUCCCCACCGCUGUGGUCAGACCCGCCCGGCGUCCCCCCGACACAGCAGGCCAGAUGCGGGGCCCCUAGCCCUUCACGCGGACAGGUCGCCGGCAACCCCAGUCGGCCAGCUGCCUACCGUUCAGCCCGCCCCAAUCCAAGUGUUCCCCCCCCCCCCCCACACACACACACACCAUCAGGGGGACUAGACGUCCGGGCAUGGGGUCAGCCGUCAGCCCCACACUGGGAAACUUGAGGGUCCCACCUGUUAGAGCCAGAGCCAUCCCCGGUCCGCGGGGCCCGAUGGUCCUGGGAGAGCUCCCCGGGCAACAAAGCGUGCGUGUCCGUGUGUCCGUGUUCCGGAAGCUGGCGGCAGAUUGGCGCCAUGGUGCUGGCAGAGAGAGAGGGGAAGGACCGAGCCCAGGUGGGGCGGGUGCCCCGCGUGAGUCCCGAAGAACGGGAGCCAAGGACGAGGGUGCGGGAGUCCCGGGCUGCCCGAGGGAGACUGGAGACGUGCACGGGCUGAGCCAGGAGGAGCGCCCCACUCGUGGAUGGGACAUCGGCCUCGAGCAGCCCCCACCGCAGGCAGCCCCAUCCCAGCCGCCGCCGCCGCCCCUCGCCCGGCAAGGACCCUCGGCGUCUGGCCAGCCGAUAAACCCCAAGGGAAAGAGCUAAGGCCCAAGCUUCUGGAAACAAAAGCUUGCCCAGCUGGCCAGGACUGAAAGCAGGUGCCAAGGCCUGGGGCCCGGCAUUGGGGCGACCAGGGAAGCGGCCCAAGGUGCCCCUGCAGCGGGUGGCCGGCGGACGGCGGUCAGGCGGGACCCAGGAGCGGCGGACCUGGAGGAAGCCCCUUUGCCCCGCACCUCUGGCGUCUCCUGGCUCUCUGCUUCCGAGGAGACACGCGAAGGAAAGGAAGAGAACCUGCCCCGAGGUUCAGGGGCCGGCUGGGCCCUCAGCGAGUGAACGCUGGGGUCACCUCGUCUGCCUCCCCGAAUCAGGAAGCCCUCUUGCCUGAGCCAGAGCCUUGCAGCUGUGGCCUUGUGCCGGCCUCCCUCCUCCCCUUAGUCUCAGACUCUGCCUCUGCCCCUCGCCCCCGCUGGUGGCAUUUGCCAGGGAUGGUGACCUUGCUCGGGCUCCCCGGGCUCAGCCUUUGCCAGCCCCUCCUCACCUCUGUGGUGACAGAGUCCAGGAGGCCGUGGGGCCCAGGAUGGUGGCCUCAGACAGCUUUCCCUCCUGCCAUCCGUUGGUUUGGCACACGUAGGUAAACUGCGCCCCGGGCCAAAACGUCACCAGAGAGCAAUGGCCCCAAGAGGCCGCUUCUGAAAGCCCGAAGAGAACCUCUUGCCUCCAGCCUGUGUCCCACCCGAACCCUCACUCUCCCAGGGACGCAGCCAACAUCAUCCGUUUUCCACCAAAGAGGCCCCCAGCCUGCUGGAGCUGGAGUGCCUGCCUCUGUGACAUCUUGGGGGUUGAAUAAUCAUGCACUACCACCCCCGGCAGGAAAAGAAGAUACUGAGCUAGGUUAAGUCAUUUAGCAAACAUUUGCUGCACAGCCGUGGGGCUGGCUGGCAGGAUCCCCUGGAAAGUCCCUCUUGGUCACAGAGAUAAAGGUGAUCGAGGCUGGCCUGGGGUUGGCCAGACCCCGGCGUUCCUUCCGGAGAAGGCAGUGCCUCCCUCCAGCACCUCCCGGUACCCUAGGUGGGGGGUGGAGAGUGUCGGCAGGAGGGCAGAGCAGAGCAGGGGUCACCCAGGGAGUCCCGAAGUCCGUGUCCCAAAGGAGAAGCUGUCGCCAGCCCGGCCUCACGGCAUGGCCGCUCUUCUCCACCAGCAGAGAGAGAUACAGAGGAGACCCUGGUCACCGCGCACAGGACAGCGGGCUCCCCCCGCCGCAGCACCAGUGCCCCGCCCAGAGCAGUCCAUGCUCCAGAAGGGAGGGUCCUUUCUUGUUCCCCCGGGACUCGGCUUGUUUUUACCCCCUCUGCUACACGCCUGGAGAUGUCAACCUGGUGAACCGUAUCUGUAUCGAAGUCCCUUUUCUUCACCAAAGAUACACGUGGUGGCAGCUCAGCCCCUUCCGACCAGGGUGACGGUGCCAAGGUGACAUCAUUCAGGCCAGAGGCAGAAGGGCUGACAUUGGAGAGACACCUGUCAUCCACACACAGAGCGGACAGCUCGAUCCGCCCAUGGCUGCCUCCCCUGUCCCCCGCCCCAAUCCACCUGCAGGCGCCAGCCUUCCCCCACCCCACCCCCAUGCCCCGGGGUAAGUGCUGAGCACCUGCUGUAUGCCAGGCACGGGGCCAGAGGCCACGUCAUCCAGGCCGCCUUGCUUCUUGGAGAAGGCAUCUCGGAGAUGCCACAGGCACGGCCGCCCCUCCCCUCCCGGCCCCCUGCACACAUGGCCCCCGGAGAGCAGGACCCCCGGUCUCUCUGAGGCCUCCCCAGCCCCUGGGUGGGGCCCCUGAAACUGCAUCCCUCAAGUCUCAACGGGAGGCACUGAAAGGCCUGAGCCCCCCCAUGGCCCAGCGAGGCGGGCGGGCCUGACCCUAAUCCCCUGUGGAGGCUGAGACUCUGGGAGGCCCGAGGCGAAUGGCUCAUAACUGCUGGAAGUGAGAACCAAACCCAAGCCCCUCGAAACCCAAGGUCCGGAAUGUCCGUGAAAUGUUGCUAACGGUUGGGCAGAUCGGGAAGCACAGCUGAGGCAGAGCUGGCGGUGGGGAGUUUGGGGGCAGGGAUGGAGGGGAGGGAGGUGGAGGGCGGGGGCACGUAGCGACCUACCCUCCCUCUGAAGCUGAAAACUCAGAGGAAGACCGGCUUCCGCCCCCUCCCCCGCGUGGACAGGUCCCUUCCCCCCCAGGGCAGGCUCGGCCGCAGCCGGGUGCUCGCGCGGAGUGGACCCCAACCCCAGAGAGGUCCCCUUGCAGGUUCCGGCACACGAACAUUAAAGAAUGCGGGUGUCCCUCAAAAACAGUGUGGUGAAAAGUAGGGGCCAAAAAAGAAAGCUCCCUGAUGCCUCCCGAGUACUUUGUCGUGCGGUUCAGAGGCCCCGUAGAUCCCCGGGGAAGGUCUUAAUCCGCUGAGAUCAGAACCAGUCUGAGCAGACCCAGUCCGCCCGCUCAUGGAACAGGACCUCUGAACAGCCCCUGGGGGGCUGGGGAGGCCUGGAUCCCCAGGUCUGGGUCCUGGGGAGGCCCAGGCAAUCACUCUGCCUACAAGAGUGACCAAAUACUAACGCAACCGUGUUUUUUCCCUUUAGUUGCCCCCAGUAGUCAAGGUUUUGUUUUCUCCAUCACGUUCAUAGGUAUGCAUGUAAUUAACCAUUUCUGGAAAUCACUUUAAUAAUAAACAGGAAAUGAACCUA